UGUCCUCAAGAGCCGCUGUCUCCCAAGCGCGGAUUUCGGCCUUGGUGACAUAUUACCAGCUGAACUGUCUCCAAUAGCCAUCAGCUAAGCCGAGCUGCAUUAAGCCAUAAAGUCUGUUUUUAUUCAAACUUCGGCAGUUUUCUAGUUGUUCUGCUGAGGUAGUGACAUCAGUUUGUGACAUCACGCAAAAUGAUGUCACAAAGAGUGAUGCACACUUUGAGCUAGAAUGCAUCACAAAGCUGCACUCUUGAAUUCUACGGUCAUAACCACUACAGAAGAGAGAGCGAGAGAGCGAGAGAGCGAGAGAGCGAGAGAGCCAGAGCACGUAGAAGGAUUGUUCUUUUAACAAGAAAUUGACAACGAAAGCUUUUAAAAAGGCAAAUCCUAACAAACAAAUAAAGAAAACCAUUGAGCAACUUUUGGACUUUUGGAGCAACUUUUGACAAAAAAGAUCAACAAUGAAUCAGAGCAGCAAAGCGUCGUCUUCCGAUUCCGACCAGCAGACCUUAGUUAGAGAGACUCAAAAGCUCCAAGGCAUCUUGAAAGAGGUCAACUUGAUGUCUAUUGAGAGACAUUCUCUGAUUAAAACAAACGAGGAGCUAAAGAUCCGAGCUAUAAAGACAGAACAAGCUACACAUGAAAAAGACAAGCAGCUUCGGGAGAAGGAUGAGGAGUUAAAAAAACUGUUCGACCUAAUCAAAACUUUAAAGGAAGAUAUCAACACACUGGAGCACAAAACCACAGACUUGGAUCUGAAAAACACUGCGCUGGAGAAGGAAAAGACGACCUUAGAAAAGGAGAAAAAUACCCUGAAGCAGGAAAAGACCGUCCUGGAGAAGAAAAUGACAGCUCUGGAGCAGAAAAACACUGCCUUGGAGAUGGAAAAGACUGCUCUGGAGCCGAAUACCACUGCCUUGGAGCAAAAGAUUGCUGCCUUGCAUCUGAAAAACACUGCCCUGGAGAGGGAAAAGAAUAACCUGAAGCAGGAAAACACCACCCUGGUGACAGAAAAGACUGCUCUGGAGCAAACAAUCACCACCCUGGUGACAGAAAAGACUGCUCUGGAGCAAAAAAUCACCACCCUGGAGGAGGACAACACCACCCUGAGGCAGAAAAACACUGCCAUGGCAACGGAAAAAUUUACCCUGAAGCAGGAAAACUGCACUUUGAAACAGAUAAACUCCAUCUUGGAGGAGGAAAGCAACUUCUUCGAGAAGGAAAAAAUCUCCCAUGAACAGAAAAGCUCCUUCUUGGAGAAGGUAAACACUGCCCUGAAGCAGAAAACCACCGCUCUGGAGCAGAAAAGCAUCGCGUUGGAGAAUAUAAUCAUCGCCUUGGAGCAGGAACACGCUGCCCUGGAGCAGAAAAGCGCUGCCUUGGAGAAUAUGACCAUUGACCUGGAGCUCGAAGUGGAACAGUUGAACCACAGCCUGAGGAACAGAAUGGAACAGCUGAGCCAGCAGGGAUCUGAAGAAGAAAUCCACGAAGACAUUCAGGUUCAGUCAGAUUCAGACCAGCCACAGGAGCAGCCGUCUAUAUUGAGUCGUGUGAUCGGAGGCUUCUCCAAUAAACUCCUGAAAAUGUGUAUUGACACUAUCAGGUAUUGGUUUGAAAGAUUGAACUUCUAAAUUAAGAAGAGUCAUGAGGGCUUCAAGCUUCCUGCUUGAUUAUUGGUGUCAGAAAAGUUAGAGGACAACAGGAUUGCGGUGUCAGGGACACAUGGGGGCUGAUGGCGGAAGAGCUUAAUGCUUGAAAGAUGUUGGCAGGAGAGUUUGAGGCCCACAGGACUGCAGUGCCAUGGGAACUUGAGGCCAUCAAACUCAGGUCUCCUUCGUCACCAGACGAUUCCUUUGUCGCCAGGGUCAUAGAGUUAUAUUAUAAACUCUAGUUUUGUUUUUAUUUUAGUUAGGCGUCGGAUGAAGAGCUUGGGGCCAGGGCUUCGUAGCGAGUCCUGUCAGACUCCCGGCCUCCCUCCAGGGCUUUGUAGCAAGUC